AUGACUACUAAGAAGUUGAGCUUGAAACUUCUAUAUGAUAAAGAAAGUAAGAAAGUAUUGUUUGCUGAAGCUGGAAAAGAGUCUGUAGAUUUCCUUCUCAAUAUUCUUUCUCUACCUCUAGCAACUGUCAUAAGCCUCCUCUCCAAUUCCAAGAAGGGGAUGGUUGGUUGUUUGAGUAACCUCUACAAAAGUGUUGAAAUUCUCGACCAGACCUACAUUCAAAAUGGCCAGAUCAAGGACUCUCUACUGAACCCCGUGCCUUUAAUCUCCCAGACGCACUUGUUGCUGCCAAACAGCCCAAACAAUGUACCAACUCCAAAAUGGAACAACAUUAAAAUAUACAAAUGCUCCAACAAGUCAUGUGGUUAUCGUAAUUAUUAUGUCAAAGAUCCAAAUCUAGUUUGUCGUUCGUGCCAUCAUCUAAUGAAUUGCCUUGAAGAAGAUCCUGAUGUCCUUUUGGGGAAGGAAGCUGCAGCAGUUGUCAGUAACGAAGGUGGUGGGUUUGUGAAAGAUAUGAAUACAUACAUGGUGAUGGAUAAUUUGGAGAUCAAACCCAUGUCUACCAUUUCUGGCAUUUGUUUGUUGAACCAGUUUAAUGUCAAUAAUGUUAGAAAUCUUCAAGAGAAGGUUGUUGAUUUUGGCAUGGACGAGGGUUUGCAGAUUUUAGAAGCCUCUUUGCAAGGGAAGGAUGUGCUAACAAAGGUCUUCGUUCCAAUGGUUGUUUGA